UUUAUACUUCAUGAAGAGAGAUGUGAACUGAAGUCACACGCAGGAAUGUUCAAUGUAAUUGUGUAAUGUGACCUGUGACCCUUUGUGUUGUUUCAUGACACAUGUAAGGUAUUGAAUAAUCACUCAAGGUAUUGAAUAUAUACUCAAGGUUAUCACUUCCUUCUUGUGAAUGAUUCCUUUAAGUGCAGAAGGGCAGAGUGAUAACACACCCACAGAGAUAGAUAAAUACCAAGCUUUUCUCCUCAGACGUUGAGUCUUCAUUUUGUAACCGACCUGCGUGUUGCUCUGUGAAUGCUCUUGUUCAAGAUUAAACCCUUGUUUGAAUUUUGAGCUGACUCCGCUCUCCUUCCUCCAGUUCUAAAUUAUUGCAGAAUUAUUUUAACAGGCAUGGGUGCUGCAAUGUUUGUGUACUGUUAAAGCGUAUUAUGGUAUCACAGCUGCCAUGACUCUUCGCUUUACAGCGGCGUUGGCCGUUCCUGUUGUGUGCAGCUUCGGAGGGGACUUUGAAAAGCGUGGUGUCUGCUCUUCCUCACUGCGAGACGGUGACUGGGUUUGAGCUGUGCGCUGUGCGUUAAGCUCCCUUCGCUCCGAUUCCCAAUUCUCCUCAUCAUCUUCCCUUUCUCCCAGUAUAUGGGACUACUGUAUGUGGAUAUGGUAUGUGUCCCCCCCCCCCUUGUGUCCUGGAUUGUGGAUUACCUCACUGGCCGACCACAGUACGUGCGCUUGUGGCACUGUGUGUCAGACACAGUGGUCAGCAAUACCGGGGCCCCACAAGGUACUGUCCUCUCUCCUUUCCUCUUCACCCUUUACACCACGGACUUCAGCUACCAGACAGAGUCUUGUCAUCUUCAGAAGUUUUCUGAUGACUCUGCUAUAGUUGGAUGUAUCAGCAAGGGUGAGGAGGCUGAAUACAGGGCUGUGGUGAAUAACUUUGUCUCAUGGUGUGAGCUGAACCACCUGCAGCUCAACACAACAAAGACAAAAGAGCUGGUGGUGGAUCUGAGGAGAACGAGGACACCAGUGACCCCAGUUUCCAUCCUGGGGCAUAACGUGGACAUUGUAGAACACUACAAGUACCUGGGUGUGUUCAUAGACAAUAAACUGGACUGGACUAAGAACACUGAAGUCCUUUACAAGAAGGGACAGAGCCGCCUCUAUUUUCUGAGGAGGCUCCGCUCCUUUAACAUCUGCCGGACUAUGCUGAGGAUGUUUUAUGAGUCUGUGGUGGCCAGUGCUAUUCUGUUUGCUGUGGUGUGCUGGGGCAGCAGACUGAGAGUAGCCGAUGCCAACAGACUCAACAAGCUGAUCAGAAAGGCCAGUGACGUUGUGGGGGUGGAGCUGGACCCUUUGACAGCAGUGUCAGACAGGAGGAUGCUGUCAAAGGUGCGGGCGAUACUUCAGCAUGGCUCUCACCCUCUCCACAACGCUCUGGUCGAACAGAGGAGCACCUUCAGCCAGAGACUGAUUGCUCCUAAAUGCACCACUGAGCGCCACAGGAAGUCAUUCUUACCUGUGGCCAUUAAACUGUACAACUCCUCCCUCUGAUGAUCGGACUCAUUUGGCUAUUUAUAAAACAAAUCACACAAUAUAAUUACUCAUUCUUAUUUCAUUUAUAAUGCUACAACCAUUUCAUUGUAUAUUGUAUAUAUUUCAGAUUGUCUACUUUACUGUUUUUAUUAUUUAUUUUACUUUAUUGUCUACUGUAAUAUUUUAUUUAUGUUAAUGUCUACUUUAAUAUUCUAUUUUAUUCUAUUUUAUUCUAAUGUCUACUUUAAUAUUUUAUUUUAUUUUAUUUUAUUUUAAUGUCUACUUAAUAUUUUAUUUUAUUUAUUUCAUUGUCUAUUUUAGUAUUUUAUUUAUAUCUUCAUCUGUAUCUCUUGUUUCCAUUCAUGCUGUAUUUCUAUUUCUACUUUGCACGGAGCAUUGGAACAAAAACAAUUUCCCCCCGGGGAUUAAUAAAGUAUUCUGAAUCUGAAUCUGA